CAAGAAGGCCCCCAUGUGCAUGCGGCUGUAGUGAAGAAGGAUCAUGGCUUGAAACUCGCCUGGUACUCCGUGCUCUUUUUUCAGCUUCUCAAUUCCUCUUCCCACGCACACACACACACACACACACACACACAUCUCACUUCUCUGCACAGCACCUUUGCGACCCCAUUGUUCAGUCCCCUCUCCCGACAUAGCUGCUACGCACUCGAGAGCGACAACAACCCCGUCUCCAAUCGAGACGUCGCACCCCUCAAUCGCCCACCAUGGCUACGCCAGCAUUUGGCGCCCAAGCCUCCACGGUCGCAGAGCCCAAUAAUGCCGCUCUAUACGAUGCUCGGAGACGGCAGCAAGUCACGGGCUCCCAGAUCCUUGAUAACAUUGUUUCCUUCUCAAAUUUCGAUCGCGAUGAGGUUGACAGACUGCGAAAAAGAUUCAUGAAGUUGGACAAGGACAAUAGCGGCACUAUUGAACGCGAAGAGUUCCUCUCAUUACCUCAAGUAUCCUCGAACCCCUUAGCGACGAGAAUGAUCGCUAUCUUCGACGAAGACGGUGGCGGCGACGUCGACUUUCAAGAGUUCGUGCUGGGCCUUUCUGCCUUCUCCUCCAAGGGCAACAAAGAAGAAAAAUUGAAAUUCGCCUUCAAGGUCUACGACAUUGAUCGCGACGGAUACAUUUCCAAUGGCGAGUUAUUCAUCGUGCUCAAGAUGAUGGUUGGCUCGAACCUUAAGGAUCAACAGCUGCAGCAGAUUGUGGACAAGACAAUCAUGGAAGCGGAUAAAGAUGGUGACGGGAAGAUCAGCUUUUCUGAAUUCACACAGAUGGUCGAAAGUACCGAUGUUAGCAUGAGCAUGACGCUUGAUCAAUUCUGAGGUUGGCAUGGCGUUGCGGUCCAGAUAUCUUCAUGGUGAAUGCGACAAACACCUGCAAUGACUAAUGAUACAACCCAGCCCGAAGGCACCAAACUUGCCAUAGUGGUAGAGUCCGCGGGUCGAGAUGAUCUGCCUUUUCCUUUG